AUGAACGAGAACUUGACAAAAUUAGCCACGGCCGAUGACGACGGUAGAAUCAGAGUUGCUGAUGUCAGCAAAGCAGAAGGAGAACCGAAAAUAAAAGCAUUUCGCGCAAAGCACGAGAACUUAGCGACUGCGGUAGAAUGGACGACUGAUCAGAUUCUUACCUCGGCUUCGUCCGAUCAGUCAAUCAGAACGUGGCGAGUAGACCAGCAAAAGUGCGUCAAAACGCUCGACGUGUCGCAAUUUAAAAAUGAAAUUCGCGAAGAAUCAACUGAGACGAGAGUGAAUGUUUCCCCACCGCUAGUACAUACGAUUUCAAUUCUGCGAAACAGCGACCCGGAAUUCGUCCUUGCUGGCUGUGAAAACGGAACGAUAGUGUCGAACAAACUCGAAUGUGGGAAAUUGUCGUCGAAUAAGAUGCUGACGCAGGCGUUCAAAGGAUCUCACAGUUUCGGAAUUGGAAAGAUUUGCAAUUAUAGCUUGAAUGAUAGAUGGUUGGUUGUUUCUGGAGGAAAUGAUAAUGCAGUGAAAUUUUGGACAGCAGAAGCGGAGGAGAGAUCCCUCAAAUUCAGCUCACUUGGCCUUGCAUUAGCUGCACUUAGUCUUCUUUCUACACUCGACCUAGAUUUCAAUCUCUGGCGCGAGGCAGCAGCUCUUCAACUUCAAUAUUCCUUUCUCACCGCGUCAAACCGUACUGCCACGCGUCUGUCGCUCGAUUUCUUCCAUAAGAAGUUUGAAUGCUGCGGCAUUAAUGGACCUGGGGACUUUGCAAAGGAGAAUCCAAUCAUCAAACUAUUCGCCGGACAGAAUGCUGUACCUCUUUGGUUUCAGGAAUAUGGUUUUGUUCGAGUAGACCCUACACCUCCACCAACGGUGUCACCUCCAAAGAUAAACCCAGAUGGUUCUCUCAAUCCGAAUGAACACGAUAUUCCGUUGAACUCAAGUUCAUUACCCGGCGGUUUCACCUGCACAGGCUGCACUAUAAAUAUAAAUGACCCCGCUCCACAAGUGCCCGUUCAACAAAUACCGACAACAACGCCUCAGCCAACGACUAAAUCGCGAAGAUGGAAAGAUACCCGUAACGAUCGAACGUUACCGUGGACAUAUCAACGAGCAAAUUACCCAUGGUUCAUGGGUCCGCCACUCCGAGGGACUUUCUGUGAAGAAGAGCCGUGUACAACUCAACGACUUGGUCGAGAAGCGUCUGCCGAGUUCCCUUUCAAUGAAGAAAGCUUAUUUUCUCAAAACUUUCUUAUUCCCAAAGAGCUAAAUCUUUCGCCCGGAGACUUUCCUGUUCCGGAAUCUUGCUGCGAGCGACAAUCGAAAUUCUGCGGCCUUGAGAAUUCUAUUUUGCGACAAAAACUGCCAGCCCGAACAUUAGUUCCUUCUGUAAAUAUAUCCGACAUUUGCCUUACUAACAAUUCAGAUCCUAUAAACUCCACUGUUCCAUCGCCCUGUUUACCUAGCAACACUUCCACUACUGCUAUUCCUACUACAACAACAGCUCCAAUUGAAAAUGUCGUGGACAAUAUUUUCACUGAAGGGUGCUUUCCAAGUCUUUUCGAAAAGCUGAGUGCUGCCAAAUGGCUCCCCACAGUGCUUUUCGGUCAUAUUCUCGUGAUCUUGAACUUGUUUCUGAAUGUAUCAUUCGGUUGUCUUAUGUGCUGCGUUACUCAAGGAAAACCAGAGCGACAUGUCAAAUAUGGCAAGAAACAUAAAGUUCCCGUUUCAAGACGCCUUUAA